GUUUCGAAUUCUGAUUCCGGUUCCGUGUUUGAGAACAGCGUUAAAUCGCUCUUCAUGAAAUAUAAGUCGUUUUAACAGUUGAAAUGACUGAUUCUCAGGUGCUAUUCAAAAGCAACACACCAAGGCCACCUGUACCAGGAGGCGAAUCCGCACCUAGGUGUUCUAAACCGGAUUUUUUGGAUAUAGAAGGUGCUUCAGUUUCCCCAGCCUUUCAUGAACAGCCGUCAUCCGUCCGAUGGGCGGAAAAUUUACAAAAUCUUUUGGAAGAUCGAGAAGGUGUUAAACUUUUUAAGAAGUUUCUCGAUUUGAAUGAGGAUGCCGGUCAGUUAGACUUUAUAUUUGCGUGCCGGGGACUGAAAAUGGUGUCGGCAAAAGAUAACAAAAAAAUACGGCACAUCGUAAAAACAAUUUACCGUCACUAUAUUAGUCGCAAUAAAGUGGAAUUACCGUUGCCAAUUAAAAAGGAAAUAUGUGAUCGCAUAAGAAAACGCAAUGAUAAUUUAAAUCAACAAAUUUUUAACGAAGCUGAAAACUUUGUGGAGAAAAAUUUGAAAGAAGGAGCUUAUAGGGCUUUCAUACGAUCGGAUUUAUAUGUGCAACAUGUCGCACAAGCAAAUUCAGACUCAUCUUCUGCCAGUUCUGUGCCUCCUCGUUUACUACCUCCAUUACCCGAAGGAAAAGAGCUCGAUACAAUUCAUGCAGCUGUCGAUGUAUUAUCAAUGUCUAUGAAAAACACUUCGGCAUAUAGCCGAACUUCUGUGACGGCGCACCGGAAAAGUGAUGGAGUUCACGUUGAAGAUGAAAAUGAAAAGAAAUCUAAUCCAUAUUAUUGCGCGUAUGUCCCUGUUUCGGCCCAAGAUAGCGAAUUACAAAGCUUAUCGAGCGACGCGUUAACAGAUGAUACUCUUUCAUUAACGGAUUCCAGUUUGGAUUGUGUUCGAGUGGCAGGUGAUGGCGGCGAGAGUAGAAGACGUCAUUUUCGACGUAAUCAGAGGUUUAUGCAACAAUAUGCUUCACUUAAUAAAACUGCUGUCGGCUAUUUAGAUAUACCGCGGCUCCGUGGACCGGGCAAAGGAAAUUUAGCAGAAUCGAAUCCCGCUGAGUUUCAUAAACAGUUAGUCGAACGGUUGAAUGAGUAUUUACGAUCAAGUCAAGGAUGUAAAGAGAGCGAACGAAUAGUCAAAGCAAAGCUACGGAAUACUGAAGAUAGUACAAAAAUGAAUUACUCAUCCGAUAUGUCACUCAUGGAUUCGACAAAUGCCGAUGAUCCUCAAAACAUUUUAGAUGAACAUGUGGUGCGUGUCUUCUCCGGAAAUGCAUGGCAAGAAAAACGGAAAAAAGAACUUCACGAAGCAUCGCUACCUACGUCAUUCAUGCAUUCAUUAUCUUUUAGCGCAUUUCACGCAUCACACUCAUCCGAUUCUAGUGAAAAACAUCAAAAAGUCCAUAAUGUUUCAAAAACAAAAAAACCAGCUGCAGAUUCAGAUGUCUCUAAUUUGGACAAUGGUCAAAAGGUGCUUCAAUGGAUGAUGGAUAAAGAUAACGUUGGCCAUAAAUCAGGCGAAAAUUCUGAUCCAUCGUCACAAAGGAAAAGUCACAAGUCAAACUCAUCCACAGUGAUAGCCAGUCAACGUUCAAAUACGUCAACAUUAAAUCAACACAAUUCUAAAAAACGUCCAGUUUCUCAACAAAAUUUCACAGUUGUCGGCUACUUUUUUGCUGAUGAAGAAAUACCCUACAAAUUUACAAUGCCCGGUCAAAAUAUUACAUUAGCACAAAUAAAGCACCAUAUUAAAAAAGGACCAAAUUGCCGGUUUUUUGUCAAAAAAGAAUCAUCAGAAUUUGACGUGGGUAUUGUCAAUGAAGAAAUAACAGACGACAAUGAACCGUUACCUUUAUUUGAAGGAAAAAUUAUAUUAACUAUUUCGAAAUUGGAUUAGUUUAAAGCAUCCGAAUUUCCCAAGUGCCAAAUUUUUCACCCAUGUUGUUGUUGAAUCUCUUUGUUUUCGAAAACCAUUGUUUUUAGAACAGACGAAAUAUAAAGACAAGAAUAUGUGGCUUAAAACAAACAGUGUCUAUAAAAAAUCGUUAAAAAUGCAGUAUUUAUAUCUUUUACUAUGAAAUAAAAUAAUUUAUAUUCAUAUUAUUCCAUCUCCCGCGUUACGAUAGGCCUGCGCGCUCA